GUGAGGUUAAGUCACAUGUUUUUGGGGGAACAGCAGAGUUUAUGGGAUUUCUGAGGGGUUUGUUAGACUAGAAAUGGGGAGAACCCUUACCUGAAGGUUUCUGACGAGUUUUUAGAGAGGAUCAAGGUGAUUUGAUAGAGAAUUCUUUGUUGUUUAGAGGAACUUUAUCAGACUGUCCGGCUAGUUUUUGUAUUGUUGCUGCGUCGAUACUGCAGAGUUUUGGAUUUUCUAGAGGACGAGUUUUCGUUAAGGAAAUGAGUGAGAGAGGGACUGUUGACGCGAGGAAGUGCUGGAGGAAGCAGAAGAGGGCACAGCACAGACUUUCGAGGGAUAUGGGGAUCAAUUGUUGUGAUACUCCUACUCAGAAUUUAGUCAUUUGUAAUGCUGGAUUGGUGACUGGUUUCACACGUCAGAAUCUGGAAGACAUUCUACGAAAUUCUUGUGAUUUGGUGAAGAAUUAUGAGAUUUUAAUGCCUCCGGGGAAGUCGUACUGCUUUGUUCAAUUUCCAAGUCCAGAAAUUGCUUCGAGAGUUUAUGGUAGGGUCAAUGGACAGGUCAUCGAUGGACAAGAGUCUCCUCUGUAUUUAACAUUUUCAGAAUCACUGCCAAAGUUGGAAGACAAUUCGAUGUCUCCCGACUUCCCUCCAGGUCUGAGGAUUAUCGAGGACUUCAUAACACCUGAGCAAGAAAUUUUUCUACUGGAAAAUGUCCACUGGAAUGAGAAGGAUUCGUCCUCAGAGCUGAAACACAGGAAAGUCAAACAUUUUGGGUUCGAGUUUCGUUAUGAUACUAAUCGAGUCGACCCAGACGACCCCAUCACUCCAAUUCCUGAGGUUUUUAGGUUUCUGCAGAAGCUAUUUAAGGAGCACCACUGUGGAGAGUUCGUUUACGAUCAAUUGACAAUCAAUCGGUAUUUGCCUGGUCAAGGCAUUCCACCCCACAUCGACACUCAUAGUGUCUUCGAGGACCCAAUCCUGAGUCUAUCACUGGGCUCAGCCUGCGUAAUGGAUUUCAAGAAGAACGAGAAGAAAAUUCACAUUCCUCUUCCUCCUCGGUCGCUACUAGUAAUGUCUGGGGAGUCUAGGUAUGCCUGGUCCCACGGGAUAUGCCCUCGACACAGUGACAUCGUGUCAGACGAUAAUGGCAUUACUACAAGACAGAGAGGCACUCGUACAUCAUUCACUUUUAGAAAAGUGAGGAGAGGAGAUUGUCAGUGUUAUUUCGACGAGUACUGUGAUACGGUGGAUAAAUACAGCAAAAAUAUAGAUGACUCUGUAGCCCCAGGGCUAGAAUUAUCUUAUGUGCAUGAGGUAUAUGAAGAAAUUUCGAGUCACUUCGAUGAGACAAGACACAAACAGUGGCCCAAUGUAGCUAAAUUCCUUGAGAGUAUUGAGCCAGGAAGUUUUUUACUCGAUGUUGGAUGUGGAAAUGGAAAAUACCUGAAUGAAACCCCAGGGAUUUUUAAGGUCGGCUGCGACAGGAGUUCAGGAUUAACUGGGAUCUGCAGAAAAAGAUCCUUUGAGGUUUUCCUAUCCGACUGUCUCCAAUUACCAUUUAAAUCGAAUUCUCUGGACGCUGCAAUAAGCAUCGCAGUGAUUCAUCAUCUCUCGACCCCAGAGAGACGGAGAUCCGCUUUUCUAGAGAUUCUCAGAGUACUGAGACCUGGGGGAAGGUGUUUGAUAUACGUUUGGGCUAAGGAGCAGCACAGGAACUCGAAGGACUCGACUUACCUUCGGUUUAAUCCCAAGAAAAACGAGGGUUCAGGGAGCAGGGAGCUGCAGAAACUCUUUCAGGGACUUGCUCUUCCUGUCCACGAGAAUCGAACGAAUUUCAGUCACAGUGACGUCCUCGUCCCCUGGAAGAGGAAGGGAGGGGGCGAAUUUCUGAGGUACUAUCAUGUUUUUGAGGAAGAAGAGUUUGUGGAACUUUGUAAAGGCCUCAUUGAAUCAACAGUUGAGAGGAUUUACUACGAUCAAGGGAAUUGGUGUACCAUUUUGAAGAAAAUAUAGUUUUUUACAGUCAA